CUUCUUCUAAAGAAAAGAAAAAGGAAAAAAUUAAUGGUUUUAUUAGUAGAGUAAAGGUUCUUUACUCAAACCUACUCCGAUGCUGUUUUUUAUUACCGCUACACAAGUAUGAAGAGAUAAAUAGAAAAGCUGUAAUUUAGUGGUUUGUGUAAUACUUCCAUGACUUAGUUAUGAAGAGAUAAAUAGAAAAGCUGUUAUUUAGUGUCAUAAUAUACAAAAUGAGAGAGUUUAAACCAAUCCUGGCUCUUGAAGAGCUUAAGCAAAGUAGACAAAUUACUGUGCAUGUUAUGACUCAUGAUGGAAAAGAAAGUUUAAUUACAGUUUAUGCUGGAGAUCAAAUUAAAGCAAUUAAAGAAAAAAUAUUAGGAGAAGAAGGUGCAAAGGAUGUCCCAAACUAUAAAGUUAUUUUAUUAUCACCACGACGUGUUUUAGAAGACCAAAAAACUAUUGAACAAGAAGGUCUUAUUGAUGAUGAUCGCUUUCUAAUUUUUCCUAAGCGCAAAGAUGCUGGUAAUCCUUUCAAAUAUACAAGUAGUAGCAUCAAAGGGCCAGAUUUGCCUGCGAUCAAAAAAGCUACUUUGCAUAUAGGUGAAGAGAAAGGUACUGCAGCUACAAACACAGGUAUAGGAUGUCCUGGAAUGUUUGAUUUUUUUGGUGAACUAAAGAAGAUUCUUAUUUCAUUAACUGAAGUCGCAAGUCUUUUGCAAUAUGUAAAUAAUGAUGAGGAACAAAAUUCAGAUACUGAAGCAGAGGAUCACGAUAUUCCAAUUGAUCCUCUAUGCUUAGGAAAAUUAACUGAUAUGGGUUUUUCAGAACCACAUUGUCGCAAAGCAUUAAUAAUAAAUCGUAUGUGUCCCGUUCAAGCCAUGGAAUGGCUACUGCUUCAUUCUGAAGAUGUCGAUAUUGACAGACCUCUCACAAGCGACGAGUUAGCCUCGUAUAUUCCCGAGAGUAGAAUAAAAGGAAAACGAUCCUUAGUUAAAAAAAAAGAGUUUGUACCAAAUCCACGCUCUGUUAAUAAGCUAAAGGAAAUGGGAUUUUCAGAAAGCGAAGUGUUGGAUGCUUUAAAAUACAGCGCAAAUAAUCAAGAGCGCGCUUUGGAUUGGUUGUUAGGUGAUCGUCAAACCGCCGAAGUAACCCCUGAUGGGGGUCUCGAUCCUCAAUCACCAUUAUAUAUUGCAAUCAUGGAUCAUCCAGUGGUUCAACUAGGAAUGACCAAUCCUCGUAUAUUACAUGCUUUCGAGGAUAUGUUAGAAAACCCUAAUAACAGCGGUCAAUAUAUAAACGAUCCAGAAAUUGGACCUGUACUGUUGCAAAUUUCGCGCAUUGUACAAUCCUUUUCGCGCUAACUCUAUAAUUUAUGAUUAUUAUAUUUUUUCUUUUUUUUUUUGCAAUUAAAUUUUUUUUGUAAAUUUUUCAAAGUAUACUUUGAUUGUAAAAGAAAUCGCUAUCAAAAUGUAAAGGUUUUAAAAUAUUGUAAAUUAUUUUUUACAAUUAUUUUAAUCAUAUUGUUUAGUGUCGUA